AUGCUCUUCUUCCAGUCCAUCGCCUCUCUGGCCGCCCUUGUCAGCGUCGCUGUCGCCAGCCCCAUUGAGGGUCGCCAAUCUGCCACCCGAUGUGGUAGCACCAGCUACUCUGCUGCUCAGGUCCGAGCUGCUGCCAACGCUGCUUGCCAGUACUACCAAGCCGAUGAUACCGCGGGUAGCUCUACCUACCCUCACACCUACAACAACCGCGAGGGCUUUGACUUUCUUGUGAACGGUCCCUACCAGGAGUUCCCCAUCCGAACCAGCGGUGUCUACACUGGCGGUUCUCCUGGUGCUGAUCGCAUUGUCAUCAACACCAACUGCCAGUAUGCUGGUGCCAUUACCCACACUGGAGCUUCUGGCAACAACUUCGUUGGCUGCACUGGUACCAACUAA